GGGAGAAUCACUGUAUUAUGUUGUUUGAAACUACAAAGUUCUCAUUGAGUACAGUUCACAUCUACUGCCAAAUUAUCAUUGUAUCAAUUUUAUUUGCAGAUAAAUCAUUUCUCAGCUGUGUCCUUUCUCUACUCACUCUACCCAUGGAGCUGAAUCACAGUGUGAAUGAGUUCAUUCUAUUUGGGUUAACACAGGAUAUUCUAAAGGAGAAAAUAGUGUUUGUGGUCUUCUUGUUUCUCUAUCUUGCAACUCUGUUGGCAAACUCACUCAUUUUGAUAACCAUUCGGUUCAGCCGGACACUUGGGAGUCCCAUGUACUUCUUCCUUUUCUACUUAUCCUUGGCUGAUUCCUGCUUUUCAACAAGUACAGCCCCCAGAUUGAUUAUCAAUGCUAUAUCUGGGAACAAAGUCAUCUCUUACAAUGAGUGCAUGACACAGAUCUUUGUUGUUCACUUUUUUGGCUGUAUGGCAACCUUGGUUCUCAUCCUCAUGUCCUUUGAUCGCUAUGUGGCCAUUUGUAAGCCCCUGCGAUAUACAAUCAUCAUGAACCAACAGGUCUGUGGUGCGUUGGUGAUUCUGGCCUGGGUUGGUUCUUGUAUUCACUCUUCAGCACAGAUUUUCCUGGCUUUGAAAUUACCCUUUUGUGGCCCCAAUGUGAUUGAUCACUAUUUCUGUGAUUUGCAACCUUUGUUGAAACUUGCCUGUAUGGACACUUAUGUCAUCAAUCUACUCAUAGUGUUUAAUAGUGGGGCCAUAUGCAUGGUGAGUUUCAUAAUCCUUCUUAUCUCCUACACUUUCAUUUUACACUCUCUGAGCAAUAAGAGUGCCGAAGGAAGAAGGAAAGCCCUCUCUACGUGCACCUCCCACAUCAUUGUGAUCAUCUUAUUCUUUGUUCCAUGUAUAUUUACAUACACUCGCCCUCCAAUCACAUUUCCAAUGGACAAGAUGGUGGCUGUCUUUUAUACAAUUGGAACACCCUUGCUCAAUCCUCUGAUUUACACUCUGAGGAAUUCAGAAGUCAAAAAUGCCAUCAGAAAGUUAUGGUUCAACAAACUGUGA